GAAGAGUAAAACAGAUAAUACGCAAGGCAGAAACCAAGACAUCGAGUGUUUUCGAUGCUUGGGAAAGGGGCAUGUUGCAUCGCAAUGUCCUUUAUGCACACGAUGAUCUUGAGAGAAGAUGGAGAAAUUGAAACCGAGGGUGAAUUUGAUGAUGAAUCUAUGCCACCAUUAGAAGAUGCUAAUGAUGGUGUGGAAUAUGCCGUUGAUGGAGAACUCCUCAUCACCAGGCGAGCUUUGAAUGUGCAAGCCAAAGAAGAUGAUAAAGUACAAUGUGACAAUAUAUUUCACACGAGGUGCCAUGUCAAAAACAAGGACUUCAAAGACGUGCUUCCAGAAGACAUUUCUAAUGGUUUACCACAAAUACGAGGAAUUGAGCAUCAGAUUGACUACAUUCCAGGUGCAAUAAUUCCAAACCAACGAGCAUAUCGAAGCAACCCCAAUGAGACGAAAGAACUUCAAAAGCAAGUUGAAGAACUUAUGAAGAAGGGGCAUGUGAAAGAAAGCAUGAGUCCAUGUGUAGUUCCAGUGCUACUUGUGCUUAAGAAGGAUGGGACUUGGCAUAUGUGCAUUGAUUGUCACAUUGUCAACAAAAUCAUUGUAAAGUAUCGUCACCAUAUUCCUAGAUUAGAUGACACGUUAGAUGAACUGUAUGGUUCUUGCAUAUUCACUAAAAUUGAUUUAAAAAGGUAUGUUGUUUCAGCUGAUGGAAUUGCAGUAGACGAAGAAAAGACUAAGGCUAUGAUGAGAACCCCAAAGAGAACAAUGAGACCCACAGCACGACAAGGGAUUUCUAAACUCCAAGAAAGCCAAAUCAGGUUUAUAAUAGGACCUUGACUCGUUGUUUAUGUCGCCAUGAGAACCAAAGGUAAAAACCUUGACUCGUUGUCUAUGACGCAACAAGAACCAAAGGUAUAAAGUUGGUUGAUGCCA